UUUUUUUUUGAAGGUAGCCAGGACUUGGAAUUGGUUGUUCUUGGUCUGCGCAUAGAAUUAUUAUUAUUCUUAUCGUGAAUUCUUAACUUUGGAUUUUGGACUCUGAAAAGGUUGUAUCCGCUUCAAUUCCCUUAAACAUUGACAAUUGGUUGUCCAUCACCCUCAUCAUGGCUACCCCCCAGGACGACUUCGUCCACGUACCUUCUCCCACAACAACAAACCCCCUCUCAUCAACACCACAACCACAAGCCACAGCCGACAAUACCUCAGAGCCAUCCCUCCUAGCCUUCCUAUCCGACCACCCUUUCAUCCGAGAAUCCGUAGUUGACAGAAUCUACGGCUGCAUCGUCGGCUCGGCCCUCGGCGACACGAUCGGCUUGUACACUGAGUUCCUCCCGCAAGCCGCAUGUGAAAGAGUCUAUGGAAAGAUUGGGGAGUUCAAGUUCAGGCUCGCAGAGCCGGGGGUCACGGAGGCGGUGAACGAUAGUCACAGAAAUCGCUUCGACCCCCGCUGCUGGACAGACGACACCGACCAAUCCCUCCUCAUCAUCCUCUCCUACCUCCACAACCGCUCCCAACCCGACCACCUGGCCGACCAUCUCGCCUCAGACUUCGCCUCGCGCCUCAAGAUCUGGAUUUCGCAGGGCCUCCUCGCGCUGGGACGCCCACCAUGUGGCAUCGGCUCGCUCGUCGGCUCCGUCGUCCUGGACCCGCACUACCUCGGCAACCCCGUCGGCGUCGCGACGAACCAGUGGCUCAAGACGGGGCGCAGAGUCGCGCCGAAUGGGAGUCUCAUGCGCUCGCACCCGCUCGGCGUCAUCGGGGUGGGGUUGAGCGAGGAGGAGACGGUGAGGUUGGCGGGGAGGGUGGGCGGCACGACGCAUGUUGAUCCGCGAUGUGUUGUCUGCUGUUGUAUUCUCGUGGUGCUUGUCAGGGGGCUUCUGAGGUGCGAGGUUAGGAGCGAGAGGGAUGUCGAUGCGGCGAUUGAGCGGUGCUAUGCGUUUGUGAAUGGGCCUAGGGAGGGUGUUACGUCGGCGUUGGGGGUUGUUGGGGAGGAUAUGGGGCCAGGGGGUGGGGAGGGCGAUGCGGUUGCGCUUGAUCGCGGGGAGUUUGAGAAGUAUGUGUAUGCGGAGGGGUUUGAGGUGUUGGAGAUUGAUGAUAGGAAGACUAUGGGGUAUGUGUAUAAGUGUUUGGGGUCGGCGGUUUUGUCGUUGAGGAUGGCGAUGAGGGAGGUUGAGAAGCGGUUCAUGGGGCGGGAUGAUGUCUUUGAGGAGAGAAUCACGGAGUUGGUGCUGAGGGGUGGAGACGCGGAUACUAAUGCUACGGUCGCGGGCGGUCUGCUUGGUGCGUAUCUUGGAUUUGGGAAUUUGCCGAAGCAUUGGGUGAAUGGGUUGGAUCAUAGGGAGUGGUUGAUGAAGAAGACUGAGCGGCUGAUCAAGGUGGUGGGAGUUGAAGAUGGAAAGGAGGAAUUGGUGGAUGAGAAAGACGAGGCGGCUGAUGGAGGUAAAGGAUUGAUGACUGAACAUGAGUUGAGGAAGAGAGAUGGCGAUCUAUUGAUGCUGAUAUUGCAGAGAGACAAGGCCGGAAAGGAGAAGGAAGCGGCAGCGAAGAAGCAAAAGCAACACAAAGGAGGAUUGGCGAAUUGGUUCAAAACCUCGUAAGCAGAUAGGACCCUAUGAUAGAUAAUAUUUAAUACAAUUCCU